AAGUGUUAUUUUUUAAUACGCCUUUGAUUUCGAAAUGAAUAGAGUAAUAGGAAUGUGUAAGGAAGAAAAAAAUACAAUAUACGUGGUUUUGUAGCAGUUUUAAGUCAAAUUGGCUGAUUUGAUUUUCCAUAACUCAUGAUUGGGUUAUCGAAUAUGUAUUAUCUCUAGUGAUUUUGGUAGUGUAGUGUUUGGAGAAGAACUAAUUGUUGUAGUAGAAUAGUUGUGACAGAAAAACGUAUAUGCUAAGUUAGCAAAAGUAAAUUAAAACACAUUUAGAAAUGUCUAGGCAAGGAAUGAGAAGCACUGAUCCAAAAAAAGUUAACUCGGAGCUAUUUACUUUAACUUAUGGAGCAUUGGUAGCACAAAUUUUGAAAGAUUAUGAAAAUGAUGAUGAAGUGAACAGACAACUGGAUCGUAUGGGUUACAAUAUUGGUGUUCGACUUAUUGAGGACUACCUAGCUCGUACUGGUUCUGGAAGAUGCUACGAUCUCAGAGAUACAGCUGAUAAAUUGCAGAUGGCGUUUAAGAUGUAUCUUAGCAUCACUCCAUCAGUUACAAAUUGGAGUCCAGCUGGAGAUGAAUUUUCCCUAAUCCUUGAGAAUAACCCUCUUACAGAGUUUGUGGAGCUACCAGAAGGACACGGUGGAUUAAAAUAUUCAAAUAUUUUGGCUGGAGUAUUGAGGGGAGCAUUAGAAAUGGUACAGUUAGAAGUGGCUGCCUGGUUUGUCCAAGAUCAAUUGGCAGGAGACUCGUGCACAGAAUUAAGAGUCAAAUUUCUCAAGAGACUAGAAGACGCAAUGCCAGUUGGAGAAGAUUGAUCCUGUUUGUAAAUGUAAUCUUUAUAAUACAAACAAUAAAUUACCAUAAGACCUAAAA